AUGUUCCGCGUCGAGCUUCUACAACACAAGGGCGCCGCCCCAACCCCAGGCUGGAGCUAUGUCACCGACCGAGCCUUCAACCCAGCCCAAGCCGCCAUGGCUCCAACACUAAGCCGCAAGCGCGGAAUCCGCGACGCCGGCAAAGGCGGCGACAUGUCCUCCCGACGAGCGAACGCAAUCAUCCGACACCUCGCCGAGCUCGAUCGCGAAAACCAGCGCGACGUCGCGAUCCCCGUCCCGGUCAAACAAGCCAAAGAAGCCGGAGCACGCGGCACGCGCGCGAAAACGACAUCGAACGUCCGCCGAAUCCUUCAAUCCCAAAAGACCUUCCGUAAUCACCUUGACGACGAGGAGGCCGCCAUUCAGAACAGCGGUGCUGCCGGGACUGGGGCUGGGGCUGGCCAGAAUACCGGUGCGGCGGCGAUGGGGAAGGGGGGUAAAGCUGCUGCUGUUGUUGCGGCUGCGGCGAGACGGAGCUCCACACCUGUUGUUGCGGGGUCUGCUGGGGCUGGGGCUGGGGCUGGAUCUGCGGCUGCGAAGAGGAAACGGGCUUCUGCUGUUGGCACUGCUGCUUCUACGCCGACGCCUGCGCGAUCUGUUUCUGUCUCUGUCUCUGUUGUCGAGACGCCUGCUACGGUUGCUACGGAUGGGGAGGCGGGUGAGGAUGAGGAGGGGAAAUCUAAGCUUUUGAAGACGGAGCAUGAUGAUGAUUCUCUUUUAAAGUCUUAUGCGCCGACUAUGCCUUCUGAUCGCAUUAUACAGCGUUUGCUCGCCGAACCGCCGUUGUCUUAUAAUGCGUCAAGGGCUGGUGCGCCGAUAUCGUCCCAUUCGCCGCGGCAUUUUUGCUGUAUGUGUGGGUAUUGGGGUAAAAUUCGGUGCAAGAGCUGUCAUUUGCGGACUUGUGGGCUUGAUUGUUACCGGGUGCACGAAGAUUCGAGGUGUGGUGCGUUCUUCUAG